GGGGACGCCGGAAGUGACGCAGUCGUCGGCGGAAACGCGGUGUGCCUAGUUCUGCGAAAACAUGGCUGCCGCCGGUUUGGCACUUAUUUGCAGGCGAGUCUCAGCCGCCCUGAAGGCGUACAGGUCGUUACUAACUCCGCAGGUCCCUGCCUGCACAGGGUUUUUUCUUAGUUUGUUGCCUAAAAGUACACCAAAUGUGACAUCCUUUCACCAGUGUAGAUUCCUUCAUACCACAUUGUCAAGGAAAGGACUAGAAGAAUUUUUUGAUGACCCAAAAAACUGGGGGCAAGAAAAAGUAAAAUCUGGAGCAGCAUGGACCCGUCAGCAACUAAGGAACAAAAGUAAUGAAGAUUUACAUAAACUUUGGUAUGUCUUACUCAAGGAAAGGAACAUGCUUCUAACCCUAGAGCAGGAGGCCAAGCGGCAGAUAUUGCCAAUGCCAAGUCCAGAGCGGCUGGAGAAGGUAGUAGAGUCCAUGGAUGCUUUAGAUACCGUUGUCCAGGAAAGAGAAGAUGCCAUAAGGCUUCUUCAGACUGGUCAAGAAAGAGCUCGACCUGGUGCUUGGAGAAGAGACAUCUUUGGAAGAGUCAUCUGGCACAAGUUCAAGCCGUGGCCUAUACCUUGGCACCUAAAUAAAAGAUACAAUAGGAAACGAUUCUUCGCAAUGCCUUAUGUGGACCGUUUUCUCAGACUGGAACGUGAGAAACGAGCCCGCAUCAAAGCACGGAAGGAAAAUUUAGAGAAGAAGAAAUCAAAAAUUCUUCUAAAGAAGUUUCCACAUCUCGCGGAAGCCCAGAAAUCAAGUCCUGUCUAGGAUGUCUGAACUCUUAAAUUUACCAUUUUGUUUUUCUUGCAUAAGUCUGUGUAUAAGAGUAAAUAAAUAUGUUAAGUGGUUUAUAAAGAAAUUCUGUUUUUAGUCAAGUAAGUGACUUCACUGAUUAGUUGUUCUAAGUGUUAAUAUGGCAUGCUAAUUAGCUAAUUUGGUAGAAGCUAAUUUAUUUUCUAAAAAUCAAGUAAAAAGUUCAGAUUAAAUUCCCAGUUUAUAAUUUCUGACAUUUAAGCAGGCUUUAAUGUCACCUGCAUAACUGCCACACCAAAGGCAAUACUGUAGUUUCUGAACUUGGGUAACUAUUGUUAAUAGGAUAUGAAGAGGAUGUGGGUACUGCUGUUAAUAAACAGUACUUUGAUUCAAAGUAAUGAUAAUACAUUUAGUCCUUCAAGUAGUAAGUCACAAUGUACAACAGUCCAAAAAAUAUUUCUGGAAUGGCUAAUUUUUAUUUAAUUAUGUAAGCCUAAGGUAAAAAGCAUAGGCAGUAACUUUUACUAGUCAAUAAAAAGCAAUCCUACCAA